AUGACAGAAGCGCACGCUUCAUAUUCACGAAAUGGAAGUGAUGGCAAAAGUACCGAUAGAGAUGUAGCUAUAAUCGGCAUGUCUGGUCGAUUCCCAAGUGCGGAUAAUGUGUCCGAGCUCUGGCAGAUUCUUUCAGGUGCCUGUGAUCUUCAUCAAACGAUACCAAAGGACCGAUUUGAUAUGAAUGAGCUACUCGAACCAGAGCAAUUAGCACGUUUCGGAUGUUUCAUAAAUCAGCCUGGUUUUUUCGAUGCUCGCCUUUUCAACAUGUCUCCCCGUGAGGCCCUUCAGACAGAUCCAAUUCAUCGAAUACUUUUGAUGGUGACUUAUGAAGCACUCGAGAUGUCAGGUUAUUCUGGUGCUCGUGGCCAACGAGUUGGGACAUUCUUUGGACAAGCUACUGACGAUUGGCGAGAGUCUAAUGUUAGCCAAGAUAUAGAUGUGCAUUAUAUUCCUGCAACUCAGCGAGCUUUCGGUCCUGGUCGUCUGAACUAUCACUUCAAAUGGGAUGGCCCAUCUUAUAGCAUCGAUACUGCGUGUUCUUCCAGUGCGACAGCAAUUGAGAUGGCUUACAAAGCUAUCCUCAACGGUGAAGUUGACAUUGCUGUUGCUGGGGGAGGCAAUAUUAUCACAGGACAUCAGAUGUAUGCUGGCCUGAGCAAAGGUGGCUUUCUCUCGAACACAGGGCCAUGUAAAACAUUUGAUAGCGAAGCAGAUGGGUACUGCCGAGGGGAGGCGGUAGGUGUGGUGGUAUUGAAGAGGUUUGAGGCCGCCGUCACGGACAAUGAUAACAUCGAAGCAAUUAUCAAGAGCGUGGAGACCAAUCAUUCUGCGCACGCCAUAUCGAUCACGCAUCCACACUCCGGUGCACAGCAAGAUUUGUAUGGCCGAACACUCCAAAAAACAAGAAUAGAUCCCAACCAAGUCGGCUAUGUUGAGAUGCAUGGGACAGGGACCCAAGCAGGUGACUCAGUUGAGGGCCAUUCUGUAGUUGACUUCUUCAGCAAAAACCGGACUCCUAGCGAUCCUCCAUUAUAUGUCGGUUCUGUAAAAAGUAACAUUGGACAUGGGGAAGCUGCUGCUGGAAUAUCGUCCGUCAUCAAGUCUUUGUUGAUGUUCCAGCACAACCAAAUACCCGCACACUGUGGCAUCAAAACGACACUCAGUGACAUAUUUGCGGCUGCUGUGGGAAGGAACAUCCGCGUUGCCAGCCAGACUGAGCCUUUCCUCACACAGAGGCGCAUUUUGGUUAACAAUUUCAACGCUACCGGCGGCAACACAUGUAUUCUCUUGGAGGGGCCCUGCCCAAGACCAGCAAGUGUGGUCGAGGAUCCACGAUCUCAUCAUGUCAUCGCCAUCAGCGGACAUACCCCAGCUUCAUUUGAAGGCAAUCGAUCUCGUAUUAUUCAAUACCUCGAGGAAAACCCCGAGGUAUCCCUCGCAGAUCUAUCCUAUAGCACAACGGCCCGAAAGCUCCACAACAAUAUCCGCAUUGCGUAUUCAAUCAGUACAAAGGAGGACUUGCUUGCUUGUUUGAAAAAAUCGACACAAGUGCCCAAACCAAUCGAGAAGAAACCUGUGGCGUUCCUCUUUCCUGGCCAAGGGUCGCAUUAUCUUGGAAUGGGCAAAGGACUUUUCGAAACUUGCCCUCCAUUCCGUCAAAGUCUUCGAACUCUCAACGACAUAUGUCAGGAACAAUCUCAAGUGUCCUUCUUGGACUUCAUCACAGCCGAAAAAGGUGAUCUCAGAUCGUUCCAGCCGGUACAAAUACACCUGGCCAUAGUCUCAUUGCAACUCGCACUGGCCGAUCUAUGGAAAUCGUGGGGUUUCAUACCACAAGCUGUUGUUGGGCAUAGCCUGGGUGAAUUCGCUGCUCUCUGUGUAGCAGGAGUACUUUCCGCCAGAGACUGUUUGUAUCUCGUAGCUAUGCGAGCAAAAUUGCUGCAAGAAAGGUGCGAACCAGGUGCUUAUGGGAUGCUCGCUGUCCAAGCUGACCGCAAAAUGAUGGAGCGAGUUCUUGAAGGAAAUGAUUUCACAACUUGCGCUAUAGCUUGCUUGAAUGGUCCGUCAUCUUCUAUAGUAAGCGGCAAAAUGCUAGAAAUUGAGGACCUUAGGGCUACUUUCAAGGGACAAUCCAUACCAACAAAACUUCUGGACAUUUCAUUCGCCUUCCACUCCGUCCAGAUGGAUCCUAUUCUCGAUGAGUUUAAAACCUGCGCUGAGAACGUCGAGUUUCGAGCACCAAAGAUUGCGGUGACCUCCUAUACAGGAUGCUUAGUGACAGCAGAAGGGGUCUUCGGAGCCAAGUACAUGAGACAGCAGACCAGGAACAUUGUAAACUUUACAAGUGCUCUACAGAGUUGCUUGACUCUCGGCCAAGCAUCGGACACAAUUUGGUUGGAAUGUGGAGCUGGCUCCAGCCUUUUGUCCAUGGCAAAGGCAACGAUUGGAAGUCUCCCAACUCACUCUAUUACCAGCAUCGCACCCAAUGUCAGCGAGUGGAAAACGGUAACGGAAGGGCUGACCAAAGCUUACAACUCGGGUAUCGACAUUCAAUGGCAGGAAUACCAUCAACCAUUCGAUAUAGGGCUCAGACUACUAGAUACUCCAACCUACUCGUUUGACUGCCAGAACUAUUGGGUUCAGAACAGUGGGAAGAAAGUAGGCAAGAGCGAUAGCCGAAAUUUCGGUGGGAAAGGAGGUCUGUCUCGCUCCCAAGGCCCUGCUUCUACACGAGGACUUCCAUCAAUCACCCACCUUACGACUGAGAAGACCGCCCCUGAACAUAGUCUUCGCGAGCUGAGCAAUGUGUCUCGAGUACCAUCCUCGCCCCACUCGCUUUCAACACUCGGCCGUACGGAUACAACCACAUAUACUUUAAACACGGCAGAGGCAACUUUACUUGCUGCAAUUCAAGGCCAUCUGGUAGAAGGUGUAGGCUUGUGUCCCAGCUCAGUCUACCUUGACGUAGCCUUUGUUGCAGCCUCAAAAGUCCUGUCCAAGGUAUACUUGGGAAGGAAUGUGGGUGUGGAAAUAUCAGACAUGAACAUAUUUUCGCCUUUGGUGGUCAUAACGGGAACGCUUGAGCCUGAUAUAAAAACCAGUGUACCGAACGCGCUCGAUACCGAUCGAGUUGUUGUUCAUUUUAGCUCGUUGAGCGGGACGGAAACGCGAGAGCACGCAACUUGCACAGUAGUCAAUCUCAAUUCGAAGGAGUGCCAGCGAGAGCUUCGUAUGACCGCUCACCUUGUUCAAGCAAGGAUGAAAAGCUUGACAGAUCCUUCUCAUCGCCCUAACAGGGUCCACUAUCUCCAAAAGAAAAUGAUCUACAGAAUCUUCUCGACCAUUGUUACGUACUCCGAACCGUAUCAGAAUAUCACGGAUAUUUAUCUCGACACAGAUCUCACUGAAGCAGUUGCGACUAUCGAAUUCCCAACCUCAACAAUCAACGAGAGAUUUCUGUACUCUCCAUAUCAGACUGAUGCCAUCAUCCAUUUGGCCGGCUUCGUGCUGAAUGGAAAUCUUGGAGUUGCAGAAGACAUCGUCUACAUUUCUUCUGGAUGGAAAAGUUUACGCAUUCUCAAAGACCUGGAAGCCAAUGUCAAAUAUCAAGCGUAUGUCCGCAUGUAUCCAGAAGGAGCAGGUGGUCUCUUCCUCGGUGACGUGUACUUGCUCCACAAAGAAGAGGUGAUCAUGACGUGUACUGGCAUGCAAUUCCAAAGGAUGGCAAGGAGCACCUUGAGGACCAUUUUGGGUCUUGACAGUACUCGGUCACUACCAAUCGUGCGUCACACUGCCACAGGAUUGCCACUAGGAACCACAACGUCGGAAGAGGUUGCAGUAAAUCCUAGAUUGGCAGAUGCAGAGGACUUCCGACAAAUCAUUGCAGAUGAAACUGGUCACCCAAUCGAGGCCUUGUCAGAUGAAGUCUUGAUCCGCGAUCUGGGUAUCGAUUCGUUACUGUCAAACUCAAUAGUGUCAAGAAUAGGACGUGAGGCAGGCUUGAAGCUUUCGACAUCUGCGUUUGCAUCAUGUUCUAAGAUCGGAGACCUUAGGCGCCAUCUUCUUGAGCAAGCCCAAUCUUCCUCCAACAAAGAGACUGUCAAGAGCCUCAGUAGCGGCUCAUCAAACCCAACAUGGUCAGAUACACCAAUAUCUACGCCAGAGAACGAACUGAACCAACUCAGAGUUAGAGAACAACUGCGAAGUAACUCUGUGUUCAUUCAAGGAGAUCAUACUUCGGGUCUACCGAUUUUGUUCCUGAUUGCAGACGGUGCGGGAUCCGCAGCUUCAUAUACCAAACUUUCCUUCAAGCUCAAUAUUCCAGUCUAUGGACUCGAGUCUCCAUUCCUAGGUUCCCCUCUAGAGUACACAAUCUCAUUCGAAGACAUGGUUUGUCUGUUCAUCGACGAGCUUCGUCGACUGCAGCCUCAUGGCCCUUAUCUCCUUGGUGGUUGGUCCAUGGGUGGCAUGUUUGCUUAUGAGAUCGCACGACAACUUCUCAAUGCGGGUGAAGACGUACUUGGACUCAUCAUGAUCGACAGUCCUUGUCCUCGACCCAUCGACAAGUUUGCUGAUAUUAGCAUGGGAAUGUUGGAGAAAACGGGGAUAUUCGAUGAUGCGAAUCAUACAGGGAAAGACGGAGAAGCAAAGAUGUCGCUAUCUACCAAGCAGCAUCUUCUAGCCUCCGUUCGUGCUCUUGGAGCUUUCGAGCCAGUAGCUAUGCAUCCCGAGCGGCGUCCUCAGAACAUAUUUCUCAUCUGGGCAAAGCAAGGACUUUUUGAGCGCUUGUCAGAGAAAGUCUUGGCAGCUAUUGCAAAGGCUAAAACAUCAGGUCAAGACACAGCGCAAUUGGAUGAUAUGCAUGAUUGGUUUGCAGCACCGCGCAUUGAUUUUGGAGCCAAUGGGUGGGAUCGCCUGUUAGGCGACGAAGCUGACUAUUAUGCUCUUGAGGGAGAUCACUUCUCCAUCAUGAAUCCGCCUCAAAUUCAUGAGACAGCCAAACUUGUAGAGCACUGCUUGCGGUCUUUCUUAAAGUUGCCGCUGGAAUGUUACAAGGGCGAGCAACCAAGACGCAGGCAAGAAUAAGAUGUUGACAUUUGAAUGUGGGACAAUGGCUUGUCUGUAAU